AUGAAAGAAUUUAAUGAGUUUAUUGAUAAGUGUGAGGUAUCUGAUUUACCAUUACUUGGAAGGAGAUUGGUCUCUGAUCACUGUCCUCUUCUUUUGAUGGAGGAUAAGAGGGACUGUGGCCCAAAACCCUUUAGGGUAUUAAAUGCUUGGUUCUUACCCAAAGAUUUUCAGAGGUUCUGGGAGUCGAACUGGAAAGAGUCCAGUGUAGUAGGCUGGGCUGGGUUUUUACUGCUUCAAAAAUUGAAGAUAUUGAAAAGUGGCCUUAGAAGUUUGAAUGUGGAGGUUUUUGGUAAUGUACAAAACAAAUUAAAGGCAGCAGAGGGUGAACUUCACUGUUUUGAUAUUCUGGUUGAGGGUAGAGACCUCGAUGGUGCUGAAAAAGUUAGGAGAAGUGAAGUUAGAACUGAGAUGUGGAGGUGGAGUAGGAUGGUUGAACGGUUAUGGCUGCAAAAGUCAAGACUUAAUUGGGCAAUGAAAGGGGAUAAAAAUACAAGAUAUUUUCAUGUAGUUGCAAAAUGCAGAAUAGUUAGAAAUGAUAUAAACUCUAUAAUAGAUGGGGAGGUAGUGGUUGAAGAUCCGUGUUAA